GGAUGAACAACCACAAAUGGAGCGCUUUGUACCAGAAACCCCGAGGACGGACGAGGAUUAUUCAAUGUAUCUAUGUGGUCGGCUUCAUGGGUGACGACGAGCUUCGGGCGUGCCAACCCUUGCGUUCAUCAAGUUUAAGGUGGCGAAGGUAAGACGAGCCACUGGGGGAAGGUCGUGGUUGCAAAUAAAGUGAAGAGGACGUCAUGACUUGCCAUGAGACUUCAAUCAAGAGUUUGGCAACAGCUGAGGAUCUGCUCUGAUCUCAGCAAUGAAAACCAGACGCAGCUUCCUUGGCUGUUCCAGGAUGCUGGUCCACGUCCAAUUUGUCCACGUUCAGAAACUCCCAUUGGAAAUAAUACAAAUAGAACUCGGUCGACUUCAUGAUGGAUCACAUGCCCUCUUGUGGAGUUAAUUUGUGAGCUGCUCACCGAGUGUCCUGAUGAUGAUUAUUUUUGUUUCCCGAUGUAGGACUUGUUCGGGGUUAGCAUGGUCAUCCCGCUGCUGAGCCAUCACGUCAAAGCGCUCGGAGCAAGUCCUACAGUUGCUGGUAUUGUUGGGUCCACCUAUGGCGUCUUACAACUGUUCUCAAGCACAAUCGUGGGCAGCUGGAGCGACGUGGUGGGCCGUCGGCAGUCUCUGCUGACCUGCUUGCUGCUGAGCGCUUUCGGCUACGGCCUGCUGGGAAUGUCCACCAGCAUCGUUUUGUUUGUGCUGUCGCGCAUCCCUGUGGGGCUGUUCAAGCACUCCCUGUCCAUCUGCAGAGCUCUGCUGGCUGACCUGGUGUCCGAGGCAGAGCGCCCCCUGGUGAUGGGACACUUCAACGCCGCCUCCAGCGUGGGCUUCAUUCUGGGUCCCGUGGUGGGCGGCUACCUGACGGAGCACGAGGGCGGCUUCUACACCUCUGCCUUCGCCUGUGCCGGCAUCUUCCUCAUCAAUGCCGGGCUGGUUUGGAUGCUUCCGUGGGGAGACAUUCUCCUUCACUGUAACAGCACCAAUAACUCCAGAAACUCCGUCAGCAACGGUUCUUCCGCUAAAAGUCACACCCCGGUACGGACCGCCGCGGACCUGCACGUUCCGAGGAAGCGGACGUCCCCGCUGCAACCCGCCUGGAGACAGCUGUCCUCGGUGGGCUCCAGGAUCCGCAUGGUGGCCUCCUCCGACAUGUGGGACCUGUUCCUGGUGCGCCUGCUGAUGGCGGUGGCCAUCAUGCUCUACUACAGCAACUUCUCGCUGGCCAUGGAGGAGCGCUUCUCUCUCAAGCCCAAGACGACGGGCUACCUCAUCAGCUACAGCAGCACUCUGGGGGCGCUGGCCGGCUUCCUGGUGGGACCCGUCACCCGACUGUACGGCAACAACAUGGCAGCCCUGCUGCUGCACUCCACCCUCCUGACAUGCCUACUCAUCUCGCUGUACGCCGCCGCACAGAGCGUGUGGCAGGUGCUGCUCACCUCCACCUUCUUCGCCAUCUCCACCACAGUGGGGCGCACCGGCAUCACCGACCUGGAGCUGCGGAGAGGAGGGACGCGGGCCAGCGGGACCCUGAUCGGAGCCGGACAGUCGGUGACCGCCGUGGGCCGCGUGCUGGCCCCUCUGCUCUCGGGCAUCUGCCAGGAGUUCAGCCCGUGCGGACCUCCCAGUCUGGGGGUCCUGCUGGCUCUGGCGGCGGUGGGCGUGCUGCUCGUUCGCAUCCCCAAAUGGAACAAGACAAAAAUGGCAACUAAAAUCAAGUAAAAGACUGGAGGAUGAACUGGACCAGAACAGUACAAAGCACU